AUGCCGCUGUUCAUCGAGGACAAACAAGUUGGCCCAAUCGAUUCGAUAGAGGACCUCUACCGCAAAUAUCCAAGUUUAAAGGAAAGCGCCAAAGCGUUUCUCUCUAAGCCAGUUGUUUCUGUCGAUCCAAAGAGCCUCCUGUACGUUCAACAAAGGGAGGUUGCUGCAACAACUAAAGGAGACAAACAUGUUUCGGUCAUCGGAACAGAAGAUGCGACCACCUGUCAUAUGGUUGUGCUGCGACACACUGGAACUGGAGCUGUUGCUUUGGCUCACUGUGACGGUUUCAACACCCCCCGUCAAGUCUCACUGAUUGUGAAAGCAGUCACAUCACUCAGUGGUCACUUCCAUGAGGGCAGACUCGAGCUCCAUGUGGUUGGAGGAUUCGAGGACGACAAAAAACUAUCAGAAAAAAUCAGCCAUGACCUUCUGACGAUGUUCCAGAACCAGGACUUGAACAUCUAUCUGGAAACAUUCUGCACCACAGAAAUGAAUGACGUCCUUGUUGAUGGAAUUCAUAAACCUAUAAUAUAUGGAAUAGGUGUCAAAGUUGAAACUGGUGAAGUGUUCCCCGCAUCCUUCACUUUCAAAGGUCCUGCAGAGAACCUGCGAUCAGCACGAACCUUCACUAAGGGAGAGAUGGUUGAAAUCUAUGAACCAAACCAGGGGAUUGUUAAAGUCGGCCCAUGCUCCUGGCCACCACAGCCAGACCUGAUCAAAUGGAUGACAAUGACCGACAAAGAAAUAUUAGAGGCUCUCUCCACGUCUCCCAAGGCUGAACCCUCGGACUUCGUCAGAAGCAUUAAGGCCACCAUGUCGUUCAUUCUUGACCAUCCCAACCCUGACAGUCUGUUCCCGGGGGACCAACCACAGCGCUACCGCAAGACGGACUGCGGGGACUGGGACCGGAUCGUCCAGCCAUGAAGUCCCUCACUCGGCCUCAACAUGCUUU